AUGGCUAUGAGUGAGGCCCUGGUGUGUGUCAGGAGCACUCUCCUGUCACUCUGGCUGGGGGUAAUUCUGUUCCCAUAUGGAUGGUCCCAGGUUGUGCACUCCCAACCCCAUGGUCCCCCAGAAGUGGUGAUUCCCUUGAAGGUAGCAGGCAUUGGCAUGAAGAUUGGAGACUGGCUCUCUUACAGAAUGCAUUUUGGGGGCCAGAAUCAGUUAAUCCACAUGAAGGUCAACAAGCAUUUUCUGUCCAGACACUUCCGAGUGUUUACCUACUCAGACCAGGGUGCUCUCAUUGAGGACCAGCCUUUUGUAAAGAAUGACUGCUACUACCAUGGUUAUGUGGAGGGGGACCCAGAAUCCCUGGUUACCCUCAGUACCUGUUUGGGGGGCUUGCAAGGAAUAUUACAGACAAAUGACAUUGUUUACGAAAUAGAGCCCAAGAGACUUUCUACCACAUUUGAACAUUUUAUAUAUAAAGUGGACAGUGAGGAGACACAGUUGCCACCCAUGAGAUGUGGAGUAACAGAUGAAGAAAUAGCACGACAACUGAAGUUUCAAGAGAGUGCUAAUUUCACUUUGAUGCAGAGUGGGUAUGAAGACUGGUGGACACACAACCGACUUCUUGAACUGGCAGUGGUGGUGGACCACAAUCGCUAUCUUCAUCAUCAAAGUAACACCACAGCUGUGCAGUAUGAAGUAUGCUUUAUUGUCAAUGAAGUUGAAUAUUUUUUAUAUUCUCUAAAUGUUAAUGUUGUUUUAAUGGGAAUUGAGGUCUGGACUGAAAAAAACCCUAUUCAAAUAGGUUUGAUAGGUAGUGUCCUGGGCACAUUUUGCAAUUGGAAGCAAACUAGCUUUAAUAACCGCAUUCCCCAUGAUGUUGCACAUCUCUUGAUAAAGCAUGGCUUUGGUAUUUUUGUUGGCCUAGCCUUUAUUGGAACAGUAUGUAACUCUAUUCAUAAUUGUGGAGUGGAAAGUUUAAUGGACAAUAAUUUGAAUGCUGUUGCACACACUGUUUCCCAUGAGAUUGGUCAUAAUAUUGGUAUGAAUCAUGAUGACAAAACUUGUACAUGUGGACAUAAACACUGCAUAAUGUAUCCAGUAAGAUCAAAUGGAAUUAGAUUCAGCAACUGCAGCUAUGCUAGCUUCAUGAAAACUAAUGCAAGGCAAAAUUGCAUGUACGUUUCAUCAAAUACAGGGAACAUCUUCACACUUUCACAGUGUGGGAACAGUGUGGUUGAAGAUGGAGAAGAGUGUGACUGUGGCGCUUUACAUUUGUGUAUGAAAGAUCCGUGCUCCUACCAUUGUCCAGAGGAUGUGUACUUGCAGAAUGGGAUGCCAUGCAAGGGCGAUGGCUACUGCUAUGAAAAGAGAUGCAAUAACCGUGAAGAGCAGUGUAGGAACAUUUUUGGCAAAGAGGCCAAGAGUGCAAAUCAGAGUUGCUACACAGAAAUGAACACCCGCGGUGACCGUUUUGGGAACUGUGGUUUGAUGAACGCUACAUAUGUAAAAUGUAACAACUCAGAUACCUUGUGCGGGAGGAUUCAGUGUGAAAACGUGACAAAACUUCCCCUUCUGAGAGAUCAUUCUACUGUGCAUUGGACUCAGUUCAAUGACAUCACCUGCUGGGGUACCGACUACCACUUUGGGAUGACCAUACCUGACAUUGGUGAUGUGAAAGAUGGGACAGAGUGUGGGGAAGAACGUGUCUGCAUCCAAAGGAAGUGUGUCCAUAGGUCACUUCUGGUAACUGGUUGUUCACCUAAGAGCUGCAAUCUGAAAGGAGUCUGCAACAACAGGCAGCACUGCCAUUGCAACUCGAAGUGGGAGCCUCCCUUCUGCCUGGAAAGAGGUCAUGGAGGUAGUAUUGAUAGUGGCCCACCUCCUGGGAGAAAAGUGAGUCAAAAGGCCAAUAACCUAGGACCACUUUGGUUGAUUCAUCUUAUUCUUUUAUUAUGCUUGUUAAUUUUGGGUUUUCUGACAUGCAGAAGAACAGAUAAGAGUGAAGAGCAGAAUGUGGCACCUUCACAUGAGUGA